UGUGUGUUUAGAGUCAGUUUGUUGGAGGUUAAAGCUGGUUGAAGGAUGUUUCGCAGUGAGGAGAUGUGUCUGGUGCAGCUUUUCUUCCAGACUGAAUCUGCACAUACCUGCAUUCACCAGCUGGGCCUGCUGGGACUUGCCCAGUUUAGAGAUCUGAAUCCAGGUACAGCGGCCUUUCAGAGGAAGUUUGUGAAGGAGGUGAAGCGAUGUGAGGAGAUGGAGAGAAUUCUGCGGUUUCUGGAAGCUGAAAUGGCUCGGUGUGCUAUUCCAGUGUCGGCGGUGGUGGACAGUGGGGGAGUCACCUGUCCCCGAGAACUGCUGGAGCUGGAGUGUAAGAUUAGAAAGCUGGAGGAGGAGCUGAAAGAGAUCAACUGUAACCACGAUGCUUUAAAGCGAAACUUUACAGAGCUGCUGGAGAUCAGCUCUCUGCUCAAAGCAUCCAGAGACUUCUUUGAGGAGGCAGAGUCCCAGUUAUCUUCUUCUGAGCUACCAUCUGAAGAUUCUGUCUCUAUAGCCACCAUCCGCAGGAACAGCAGUGCCAGCACCAGUGGACCACAAAAACUGGGGUUUAUUGCUGGAGUUAUUAAACAGGACCGAUUCCCUGCCUUUGAGAAAGUCCUGUGGCGUCUUUUUCAUGAAAACUUUAUCUUGCGGCAUGCUGAGAUUCAAGACACAGAGCAGCAGACGGAGAACACAAUGGUGAAGAAAGAUGCAUUUGUUAUUUUUGUCCAAGGUGAUCAGGUGCAGGGAAAAAUAAAGAAAAUCUGUGAUGGUUUUCGUGCGAGUUUAUACCCAUGCCCCAAUACCCUCAGCGCACGAGAGCAGAUGAGGAUGAGCGUACACAUUCGCAUUGAGGAUUUGCGCAUGAUUUUGAGGAGAACAGAGGAGUUCAGAGCCACGGUUUUAACCAAAGCAGCCACCAGCAUUCAGCACUGGGUCAAUAAAGUGAAGAAAAUGAAAGCCAUCUAUUACACACUCAACCUGUGUAACAUUGACAUCACUCAGAAGCUCAUAGUUGCAGAGAUCUGGUGUCCAGUAUCAGAUUUAAACUCUGUCCAGAAUGCACUGAUCAAGGGCUCUGAGCAGAGUGGUUCCAGUGUCAGUCCUAUCCUAAAUCGAAUCCACACCCAGCACACUCCCCCUACCUUCAACAGGACCAAUGUGUUCACUAAAGGAUUUCAGACCAUUGUUGAUGCUUAUGGAGUCAGCAACUAUCGCGAGGUUAAUCCAACUCCUUACACAAUCAUAACAUUCCCCUUCCUGUUUGCGGUAAUGUUUGGAGACUGUGGGCACGGGCUGGUACUGACCCUGCUGGCAGUUUGGGUGAUAGUGCAGCAGAAGAAGUUGAGCUGCUGCAGGAGUGAGUUUGUAGUUGUUCUGGUGGAGGGGCGCUUCAUCAUCCUGCUAAUGGGUCUGUUCUCCAUCUACACUGGACUGAUCUACAAUGAUUGUUUCUCCAAGUCCUUCAGCAUCUACGGCUCAUCCUGGAGUGUCCGUCACAUGUUCCAGCCCAGUGGACCCUGGAGCAAUGAAACUCUCCACAGCUCUGGUCAUCUCACUCUAGACCCUGCAGUUCCCAGAGUUUACUCAGGUUCUCCGUACAUGCUCGGUAUUGAUCCGGUGUGGAAUAUUGCUUCCAAUAAGCUUUCUUUUCUCAAUUCAUACAAGAUGAAGAUGUCUGUGAUUUUGGGGGUCAGUCACAUGCUCUUUGGGACAACUCUCAGUUUAGUGAACUACAUACAUUUCAGAAAUUUCCAAAACAUCCUGCUGCGCUUUAUCCCUGAGCUGGUCUUUAUGCUUUCUUUAUUUGGAUAUCUGAUCUUCCUCAUCGUCUUUAAGUGGUGUGUUCAACUGCGGUCAGAAACUGCCCCCAGCAUCCUCCUGAUGUUCAUCAACAUGAUGCUCUUCAGCUAUCAAUCCAGCGAUGUAUUCCUCUACAGUGAACAGAAAGCUGUGCAGACGUUCCUAGUCCUCCAGGCUCUCCUCAUGGUGCCUGUGAUGCUGCUGGUAAAGCCACUGCUGAUUUACAGACAGAGGAUUAAGCUUAGGCUGCAGGAGAGCAUGGGUGAUAUUUUUGCUUAUCAGGCCAUUUACACUAUAGAGCACUGCCUGGGAUGCAUCUCCAAUACAGCCUCCUACCUGCGCCUGUGGGCCCUAAGCCUCGCACAUGCGGAGCUUUCAGAAGUGCUAUGGCGGAUGCUGCUGCGGGGUGGUUUGAGAUGUACCCCCGGUUUGGGGGCAGUACUGCUGGCGCUGGUGCUUUGCUGCUUCGCUCUGCUGACGGUUGCUGUGCUGAUUGUUAUGGAAGGGCUCUCAGCUUUUCUCCAUGCUUUACGCCUGCACUGGGUUGAAUUUCAGAACAAGUUUUAUCAGGGAGCUGGUUUCAAGUUCACUCCAUUAUCCUUCACCAGCUUGCUGAAAACACAGCCAUGAUACAGGUUAUAUUAGACUGUAGUGAGUAGAAGCUGUUACACUGUUCUACAUUUACACUGUUUUCACUGAAGCAAUUUAUUUGCACUUAAACUACACGGACACUUAAUUAACUAUUCAAGGAGUCCGUAGAUGUCCGGUUUAGACAAAACAAAGUUUACAUGGUAAGGUGGAAUCAAACAUAUUACACAGGAGAUCGUAAUAGUAAUAAAUUAUACAGUGGGUUCUGUGGGGAGUUUGACAUGAAAGGAAAUACAUGUUGUUUAUUACCUCUAUCUAUGUGACAGUUUCAUUUUACUGUAUAUAAAUAUACCCCAACAGGCUUAUACAAACCCUAACAACCCCAGUAGCCCCAAAUGAGCCCUACCAGCCCCAGUAUAUACCUCAGUUGCAUUGCCAUGCAAAACAAUCUCAAAAACUAACCUCAACACCCCUCAAAACAAAUUGCAGCAGCUCUAAAGCAACCUAUAAUCUCUUUCAAAAGUAAUUUUGCACUUCUUACUCUUAAGCCAAAAAAUGUAUUUUACAGUGACUUUUAAUUUUUUUUUUCCCUUUUGUUUUUGUUAUCCUUUUAGUUGGAAAGUAACAGUAACAACUUAAAAGAAUAAGCCUGAAUUACAUUUGUAUGUCAUAAUUAAAGGAAUGUACAGAUUUUAAACAUGUUAUACAGAUAAAACUUAAAUUAUACAACACAUUUAAUCUUUGUUCUGUGUUUAUGUCUAUGCUCUCUAAAUUAUAUAAAUCAAAGGGACUUUGGACAACAGGUACAGUUAAAAAUAAAGGAGUGUACUUGCA